CGCGAGACCUUGAUUUGUUGAGUUAUUGAGCGUUUUGCCUCGUGAGCAUGUUCGGGGUGAAGAGCAAAAUAACAGCGGAGCAGGCAGCUGCUUUAUUACUAGAACUAACACAGGAAGACGAGUUGUCCUCUUUGGACAGCGAGGACUCGGUGGACUCGGUGGACUCUGAAGCUGAGGAGGAUUUCCCCGAUGGAUGGGACCCUGAUCCUGAACUAGAGCCAGUGGAGUCUGACUCAGAUUGGCAGCCGGAGGCAAAGAGGCCCAGGCAGACCCCGAGGUCUCCUGUUGUUGAAGGGGAAGCGGAGGAAGAACUGGAAUUCCAACCCUCUACCUCCACACCGCCUGCAAGACGGGGGAGGGGGAGAGCAGGAGGAAGAAGGAGCACGCCAGAGCAGAGUUCUGCACCUGGAGGUGCGUGGCAGGGCACGGAUGUGGAGGACAUCACUCCUAGACAGCCGAUAUUCCGCCCAGCAUGCAGACCCGGUAACCAGCUCGCGGGCGGUCUACAAUACUCGGUUUUACAAUUAUUUCAGUUAUUUAUGUCAAAGGAAAUACUUAAAGGCCUUUUGAAUAAUUCAAACAAGUUCGGAGAAGCCGACCACCCACAAACCUUUGAGAAGAUCACGAUGCCCGACAUGAUGUCUUACCUGGCCAUGGUUAUCUACAUGGGAUUAAUCACGACCCCGACCCUUAACGACUAUUGGAGAAGGUCGGAGCUUUACACCUUUUCUUUCCCAUCGAGUGUGAUGUCAGGGCGCAGGUUCAAAGCCGUCUCGCGCGCCCUCCACAUCAGUGACCCCGACGACGACGACGCCAACGACCUGAAGAGAGGCACCGCCGGGUACGACCGGCUUUGCAAAAUUAAGCCGAUGUACGAUGACAUUAAGAAGGCGUGCAUGGCAAACUACCACCCCCGCCAGUGUGUCGCCAUUGACGAGAGGAUGGUGGCAUCCAAAGCCCGCAAUGGCCUCCGCCAGUACAUGAAGAACAAGCCUGUGAAGUGGGGCUAUAAGCUGUUUGUGCUGGCGGACUCCACCAGCGGGUACACCUGGGACUUCUUCGUGUACGAAGGAAAACGGUCGCCGAGAGUGAAGGGGCUCAGCUACGAUACCGUGAUGCGGCUCAUAAACACACCGGUGAUGGGUACCGGGUAUAAGUUAUUUGUGGAUAACUUUCACACCAGCCCGGAGCUCUUUCGGGACCUGCUGCAGAAGAAGAUCUGGGCCUGUGGUACCAUCCGCCACCACCAAAGUGGGUUCCCCAGAGACCGGCCAGGCGGGCUUGACAGGCGGGCUCCCCGGGGCGCCAUCCGCUGGAUCCGCGAGGGGCCCGUGGUGUUCAUUCAGUGGAGGGACACCAGAGAUGUGCUGAUGUGCUCCACAAUCCAUGCAGCACAUGGAGAGGACACGGUCCAGAGAAGGAUCAAGGGGGCAGAUGGACAGUGGUCUGUGCAGGAUCUCUCCAUCCCACCAGCCAUCAAGGACUACAACAAGUACAUGGGGGGCGUGGACCUGUCCGAUGCCCUGAUUGGCUACUACACCAUCCUACACAAGACCAAGAAGUGGUACCGGUCUUUCCUGUUCCACUUCAUAGACAUCGCCGUCGUCAACGCCUUCAUCUUGUAUAAGGAGCUGGCCACCGCAAGGAAGGAGAAGGUGAUGUCGCAGAAGAGCUUUCGCGAGACCCUGGUGAUGGAGCUGAAAGCGGUCGGGUCUACCUCCACAGCCCCUCCAAUGCCCCCCCGUCCUGCCCCCCCAGGGGCCUCACACAAACCUGUUCAUUUUUGCAAGGAUGGGAACUCAGGUCGGAGGAGGUGUGUCCACUGCUGCCUGAAGACCACCGUGAAAUGCUCCUCCUGUGACGUGUGUCUGUGCUUCGUGAUUACCAGGGACUGUUUUAAUGCGUGGCACACCCUGAACAAGUUGUAAAGACUUCUUUCUCUAUAUUUUUGUUAUUUUUAUAUAUUUAUGUAAAUAGUUUUUGUCAUUCAGCGGUGUGUUUGCAUCAGCUGUUGGGUUUCUCAACAAACUAUAGGUCAUCCGCCCCCCCCGCCCAUGUCCCAGCACAUACUUUUUCAUUUUCUUUGAAGUAUAGUGUACAUUA